AUGAAGUUGCCUGCCAAUGGCAGUCAAAAGCUCAUCGAUAUUGAAGACGAGCGCAAGCUCCGUGUCUUCAUGGACAAGAGAAUGGGCGCUGAGGUUCCAGGAGACUCCGUCGGAGACGAGUUCAAGGGAUACAUCUUCAAGAUUACCGGAGGUAACGACAAGCAAGGUUUCCCAAUGAAGCAAGGUGUUAUGCACCCAACCCGUGUCCGCCUUCUCCUUUCCGAGGGACACUCUUGCUACCGCCCACGCCGAACUGGUGAGCGCAAGCGUAAAUCCGUCCGUGGAUGCAUUGUCGCCAUGGAUCUGUCCGUUCUCGCUUUGAGCAUUGUCAAGCAAGGAGAUAGCGACAUUCCAGGUGUCACCGACGUUGUCCACCCCAAGAGAUUGGGCCCCAAGCGUGCCACCAAGAUUAGAAAGUUCUUUGGGCUCACCAAGGAGGAUGAUGUCCGUAAGUUCGUCAUCCGUCGUGAGGUUCAGCCAAAGGGUGAGGGAAAGAAGCCAUACACCAAGGCACCAAAGAUCCAACGUUUGGUUACUCCUCAACGUCUCCAACACAAGCGUCAUAGAAUCGCACUCAAGCGCCGCAACUCUGAGCGUACCAAGGAUGCUGCCAACGAAUACGCCGCUACCCUUGCCAAGCGUGUCUCUGAGGCCAAGCACGCCAAGGUCGAUGCCCGCAAGCGUAGAGCUUCUUCUAUGCGUAAGUAG